CGCUCCGGGCCCGGCCAUGGCGGGCGCCAGGCCCGGCGUCCACGCGCUGCAGCUGGAGCCGCCCACCGUCGUGGAGACCCUGCGGCGCGGGAGUAAGUUCAUCAAAUGGGACGAGGAGGCCUCCAGUCGGAACCUGGUGACCCUGCGUGUGGACCCCAAUGGCUUCUUCUUAUACUGGACAGGACCCAACAUGGAGGUGGACACACUGGACAUCAGUUCCAUCAGGGACACUCGGACAGGUCGUUAUGCCCGCCUGCCCAAGGACCCCAAGAUUCGGGAAGUGCUGGGCUUUGGAGGCCCUGAUGCCCGGAUGGAGGAGAAGCUGAUGACAGUAGUGGCUGGGCCAGACCCAGUAAACACCACAUUCCUGAACUUCAUGGCUGUCCAAGAUGACACAGUCAAGGUCUGGUCAGAGGAAUUGUUCAAGCUGGCUAUGAACAUCUUGGCCCAGAAUGCCUCCCGGAACACCUUCCUGCGUAAAGCAUACACAAAGCUGAAGCUGCAGGUGAACCAGGAUGGGCGGAUCCCAGUCAAGAACAUUUUGAAGAUGUUCUCAGCAGACAAGAAGCGGGUAGAGACCGCCCUGGAGUCCUGUGGUCUCAACUUCAACCGGAGUGAGUCUAUCCGGCCUGAUGAAUUUUCCUUGGAAAUCUUUGAGCGAUUCUUGAACAAGCUGUGUCUGCGGCCAGACAUUGACAAAAUUCUGCUGGAGAUAGGUGCCAAGGGCAAGCCGUACCUGACGUUAGAGCAGCUCAUGGACUUCAUCAACCAGAAGCAGAGGGACCCAAGACUCAAUGAAGUGCUGUACCCACCCCUGCGGCCUUCACAGGCCCGGCAGCUCAUUGAGAAGUAUGAGCCUAACCAGCAGUUCCUGGAGCGCGACCAGAUGUCUAUGGAGGGCUUCAGCCGGUACCUGGGAGGGGAGGAGAAUGGCAUUCUGCCCUUGGAGGCCCUGGAUCUGAGCAUGGACAUGACACAGCCACUGAGCUCCUACUUCAUCAGCUCUUCUCACAACACCUACCUCACUGCGGGACAGCUGGCUGGGACUUCAUCGGUGGAGAUGUACCGCCAAGCGCUGCUGUGGGGCUGCCGCUGCGUGGAGCUGGAUGUGUGGAAAGGGCGGCCACCUGAGGAAGAGCCCUUCAUUACCCACGGCUUCACCAUGACCACCGAGGUGCCACUGCGUGAUGUGCUUGAGGCCAUCGCUGAGACUGCUUUUAAGACCUCACCCUACCCCGUCAUCCUAUCCUUUGAGAACCAUGUGGACUCGGCGAAGCAGCAGGCCAAGAUGGCUGAGUACUGCCGCUCCAUCUUUGGGGAUGCGUUGCUCAUUGACCCACUGGACAAGUAUCCGCUGGCCCCGGGCGUCCCCCUGCCCAGUCCACAGGACUUGAUGGGCCGCAUCCUGGUGAAGAACAAGAAGCGGCACCGGCCCAGCGCAGGUGCCUCUGACAGCUCGGUGCGCAAGCGGCCGCUGGAGCAAAGCAACUCUGCCCUGAGUGAGAGCUCAGCUCCCACCGAGCCUUCCUCGCCCCAGCUCGGGUCUCCCAGCUCUGAUAGCUGCCCAGGCCUGAGCAAUGGAGAGGAGGUGGGGCUUGAGAAACCCAGCCUGGAGCCCCAAAAGUCUCUAGGCGAGGAGGGCCUGAACCGGGGCCCUGACAUUCUUGGACCUGCUGACCGUGAAGAUGAAGAGGAAGAUGAGGAAGAAGAGGAAACAACAGAUCCCAAAAAGCCCACCACGGAUGAGGGCACUGCCAGCAGUGAGGUCAAUGCUACUGAGGAGAUGUCAACACUUGUCAACUACAUUGAGCCUGUCAAGUUCAAGUCCUUCGAGGCUGCUCGAAAAAGGAACAAGUGUUUUGAGAUGUCGUCCUUUGUGGAGACCAAGGCCAUGGAACAGCUGACGAAGAGUCCCAUGGAGUUUGUGGAAUACAACAAACAGCAACUCAGCCGCAUCUACCCCAAGGGCACCCGUGUAGACUCCUCCAACUACAUGCCCCAGCUCUUCUGGAAUGUGGGCUGCCAGCUUGUUGCACUCAACUUCCAGACCCUGGAUGUUCCAAUGCAGCUCAACGCAGGUGUGUUUGAGUACAAUGGGCACAGUGGGUACCUGCUCAAGCCUGAGUUCAUGCGGCGACCAGACAAGUCCUUCGACCCUUUCACCGAGGUCAUCGUGGAUGGCAUCGUGGCUAAUGCUUUGCGGGUCAAGGUGAUCUCGGGGCAGUUCCUGUCUGACAGGAAGGUGGGCAUCUAUGUGGAGGUGGAUAUGUUCGGUCUCCCGGUUGACACAAGGCGCAAAUACCGCACACGGACGUCACAGGGCAACUCAUUCAACCCUGUGUGGGACGAGGAGCCCUUUGACUUCCCCAAGGUGGUGCUGCCCACACUGGCUUCGCUUCGCAUCGCAGCCUUUGAGGAGGGCGGCAGAUUUGUUGGGCACCGCAUCCUGCCUGUUUCUGCAAUCCGCUCAGGGUACCACUACAUCUGCCUGCGAAAUGAGGCCAACCAACCACUGUGCUUGCCAGCUCUGCUCAUCUACACUGAAGCCUCCGACUAUAUCCCUGAUGACCAUCAAGACUAUGCCGAGGCCUUGAUCAACCCCAUCAAGCAUGUCAACCUGAUGGACCAGCGUGCCAAACAGCUGGCUGCCCUCAUUGGGGAAAGCGAGGCUCAAGCCAACCCAGAGAUGUGCCAAGAGACCCAGUCUCAACAGCCAGGACCACAGCUCUCCCAAAACCCCACACCUAGCCCAGUGGACACCCCUCCCCGCCGUCCCCCAGGCUCUGCUACCUCGCCCACUAGCACCUCCCUCAGUAGCCCAGGGCAGCGAGAUGAUCUGAUCGCCAGCAUCCUGUCAGAGGUGAUGCCCACCUCGCUGGAGGAGUUUCGAAGUCACAAGGCUCUGGUGAAACUCCAGAGACGGCAGGAGCGAGACCUGCGGGAUUUGCAUAAGAAGCAUCAGCGCAAGGCUGUGGCCCUCACCCGCCGCUUAUUGGACAGCCUGACCCAGGCCAGGGCUGAGGGCAGGUGCCGGCCCUCACCCAGUGUCCCGGGCAGGGCCACAGAUGUGGACAUAAAGGAGGAGGCAGAGGAUGUGACAUGGUAUAGAGACUUCCAAAACAGGCAGGUUCAGAGCCUGCUGGAGCUGAGGGAAGCCCAGGCAGAUGUAGAGGCCGAGCAGAAGCUGGAACACCUGAGACAGGCUCAGCAACGGCUCCGCGAGGUUGUCUUGGAUGCACAUGCCACUCAGUUGAAGAGGCUGAAGGAGAUGAAUGAGAGGGAGAAGAAGGAGCUGCAGAAGAUCCUGGACCGGAAGCGCCACAACAGUAUCUCAGAGGCCAAGACUAGAGAGAAGCAUAAGAAGGAGGCAGAACUGACCGAGAUCAAUCGGCGGCACAUCACUGAGUCAGUCAACUCCAUCAGACGGCUGGAGGAAGCCCAGAAGCAGCGGCAGGACCGUCUGGUGGCUGGUCAACAGCAGGUUGUUCAGCAGCUGGCAGAAGAGGAGCCUAAGCUGCUGGCCAAGCUGACCCAAGAAUGUCAGGAGCAGCGGGCGAGGCUGCCACAGGAGAUUCGCCGGUGCCUGCUGGGCGAGUCGCCGGCGGGACUGGGGGACGGGCCCCUAGUGGCCUGUGCCAGCAAUGGCCACACGCCCGGGAGCAUUGGGCACCUGUCUAGCACUGACUUGGAGAACCAAGAGGAAAACACCCAGCUCUGAGAUGGAUAAGCAGGAGGUGGCCACAGGGCCAGGAUGAGGAAACUGAGGCUCCAAAUGGAAACCACGUGUGCCUGGCCACAGCUAAGUGGAGAUGUCAGGGUGGUCUGGACUGGACGCUCCUCACUCUGUGGCAGACUGUCUUCGCCAGCCUGGAGAACCUACUCCAUGCCUGGGACCAGCGGGAGUGCAGAAAACUGGCAUCAAGGCGGGUCAGGCCCUGCUGCAGGGGCAGGCUGGCACCUCUUCAAGGCCUCUCCCAGCUUCCUGGCGCUCUGGGGCUGGCUGUUCCCUCCUCCAGAGGAAGGCAGCCUCUUAUCUGGGCUUAUCUCCUGCCAAUGAAGUGUUUUCUUUGCUUUGUUUUUGCUGCAGCCUCAGGCAAACAGAUGGGGUGGGAAGGCUAGAGAAACUGGAUGGCCUGCCCCUUCCCAGGGCUAGCACCUCUUCUGUGGGCCCUUGCUACUGCUGUCAGACCUUGUCCUGCCCCAAAUCUCCCAUUCCUUGGCCAGACCCCUGAGCAGCAGACUCCUAUUUUCUGGACUGACUGGCUUCCACUUACCAACAAUCUAUUUGUGUUCAGAGUCCUCAAACACAAGCUAACCUCCAAACAUCAGUUGUUACCUGAGUCCCCAGAAGCCCUUCUGCUUAGGCAGACAGUUCCAGCUCUGGCCUCACCUUUUGAACAGCAGAUCUAACCUCACUACAGACUUCUCUAUGGGAGGGAGCUCCCCAGUUCCAGGAAGCUUCAACGAGCUGCCUGUGGCGCAAUUCAACUGUACACCCAACACAGUACUAGCCUGGGAUAUAGGGACACCAAUAAAUCUUGGAACUGAGA